AUGUGGAAUGUUGGUGCAGUCGAGUUUGCAGGCCUACCUGUGCCAGGCCUUGAUGGACUUCUACCUUUUGAUGUGCCUGCUCGCGAAGCUUUGCGUGAAGGAGACAACGAUUCUCUAUUUCUGUCACAUGCGGAUGCGAAGCCAUAUCUAGACACCUCUCGAACCAUUGCAUCUCUUCUUGGCUACAUGUACUUUUUCAGCACUCUGAUGGGUUUAGCGGUCAUGCGAGCUAUUGAUGGUGUCUGGCAACGUGAUGGUGUUUCGCCACUCUUCUGCGUUAAUCCUGCACUGUUUCGUCUGCCAUUUCUAUUCAGUGUCCUCUCGCUAGGAGGAAUAUUGUUUCUGUGGUCGGUGCGCGGCGGUAGAAUGCAAUUGUACAAAAUUGAGCUUGCUCCAGCCAACUAUAGUUUCAUUCUCAUCAUCAUAGUAGCAUCAUCAUUGCUUUUCUUCACUGUUGUGGUGUCUGUCUCAUAUUACAUCGUGUACCUCAUUUCUCAACCGAGACUUAUUGUGCGAGUUUCCUCAUUGUCUUGCGCUGCAAUGCAGAUAUCAGCACUCAAAGGUUCUGUGACAAAAGGUUUUGCGCUGGUUUUCCAAGCAAUCUAA